AAUGGGUUUGCUGAUGAAUUACAGUGGUUUGUUCUUUGUGUUUUUUUCCACCCCUAGAUCAGUCGUACUGUGUUCGGCUGCAACACGACAUGUAUUUUCUUACGAGCAACAGCCGACUGAAUGAGCAAGUGGUGGAUAAAAUUAUUCUUCAGCUUAAUAGAGUCUACCCCCAAAUUCUCACCGACGCCGAAGCGGAAAAGUUCAGGAAUCCCAAGGCGUCGCUCCAAACCAGGCUCUCAGCUUUGCUAAAGCACCUUCAAAAGAAAGGAGAGAGACACUGUCAGGAGUUUUACAGGGCUCUGCAGAUCAAUGCCGAACAGCUGUAUAACGACCUGCCAAGCAGGAAAGUCUUAAAAACCACAGAUUCCACAGAGGUAGACACUGACAAGGAGAAAUGUAUGCUAAAUGACAGGGGUCCAGUGUUUUUCCUUGCUUGUUUUAGCGUUGCUGCAGGAUUUGCCUUAUUUUGGUACUGCUGGGACUCAGAUACCAAAGUCCUAGGAAGAGCCAGGAGAAUCUUGGGCUUUUCUCCUAUUAUCAUAGGAAGACAUGUUCGAAAGAUUUGUAUGUUGUAUUUGGAAGACUUAUCAAGGAAUUAAGGAAAAGCUGCCUCUUUGCUUGUCUGUACAGUGUACCUGCCAAGGGAAUACAACGGUGCAUGAAUAUUAAUGUACUAUGUGCUCUUAUACCAAAGAUUUCAUUAACUAGCUUCAUCAAUAAUUGCAUUGCCUUAAGAUGUAUUCAGAAGCUCAGCUAUAUAUGUCCUUCCUUAUGGGAAUGGACCAUUUAUUUUUGUAAAUGCUUAUUUUAAAAUAUUUAUCAUUUGGAUAAAAAUAUUUUUAAUACAAACUUUAAAAUGAUAUCGUCGGUGAUCAUGGGUCUUAAGCCAUGUUUCCAUAUAUGUGUUUUAUACUGGAAUGAAGGAACGCAACGGUGUAAAGAAUGCCAGUCUGUCUUUUGUGAUAAUUAAUUGAGGAAAAGCACUUAACCCACAUGCAAUCAAAGCCUUACUAAGAUACAGAUCUCCAUCUCAGGACUGUCUGUUUUGCCUAGAAGCUUUACACUUACUACCUGAGCUCAGGUGGGCACGGGCGCCUCUAAACGUCAUCAGUGCCAGGUACCUUCGUGUGUGCCAAGUCCUUGCCAUGUUUUCUGAGCCUCGUGUUGACGCCUCAGCCCAGCCUUGUUCGUGCUGGCGUUGAGCGGUCCGCCGUGGCUCGAGCGCGCUGGAGCUGGCGCCGACCUUAGCCCGGCCUGCGCACUGUCUGCUCUGAAGCACUUGGAGCAACUACCAGGCAGAUUUUUCAGGUUUAUUUAGUCUUUUCCAGUGAGGUGUUUUGGGGUCUGUGUAUCUAAGAAAUGGAAGUAACCUGACAUAUUUUGUGGGGACUUAAGUGCUGUCAUGUGGAGGUGUUUUAUGGCCAGAAAUGCAUAUAUUUACUUGAAGAGUCUGAAGUUGUUUGUAAUGUCAUUUGGUCGUGUUCUGUUUUCUUCUGUGAGCUGAAACCUGAAAAACUUGCAGAAACCCUUCUCAGCGCAGAGUAAGAAUGAAAUACGUGAGGAAGGCUGAGGGAGUCAGGACUGCCAGUGAGGUGUGUGGGGUUUCGGAGCUUCACGAACCUGGUCGUGCUCCUGCCUAGCUUAGCACAAAGGCCUUUCCUCCUCCAAACUGGAGGUCCAGUAUUUCUGAGCUGGCUGUGAGUAAUGGCAUUUUUGGGGGACAGUUCUUCAGUUCCCAUAAGCGCUUAAGGAACUGGGGAGACCGUGUCCCCGUCCCUGGUGAGAAAGGCUCCUUGCAGCUGUUCUUUCACUGGUAAGUGACUUCCAGAUCAAACGUAAUGCCAUUAGGGGACAUGGUCACCUGAACAGGUUGCAGCUACGUCACAAGUCACCGUGCAUCGACAGAUCCCGAAGUGCGAAACUUUAAGUCAUUUGCAGUGGUUUCCUCAAAACAGUCAGCUGGAAAAUUAUCUCCUGGCUUUAAAUUUCAUUCGUACUGUAAAAAUGCUACCACCUUCUCCAAAGCAAAUGGUCUUGUAAGACUGUGUUUCCUUCCAGGACAGAGCUCACCAGAGCUUCGUGGUCCGGGGG